AUGAAACAACUUAAAAUUUAGGCAAAAAUGAGUUAUCAUGAUCAUUUAAAAUAAAGAUCUCAUUUCAGAUCAUAUACAUUACAAUCUGAAUAAGACUCAAUUUUAGAAAAGUUAAAUACUUCAACUGUUAAAAUAUUUAAUGAUAUGUAAUAAGUAAAAUCGAAGGUUGUAGAGAUGGAUUCUGAUUUUCAGAUAAGAUAGAAAUCUUAUGAAAUAGAAAAACAAAAAAAAAUUUUACAAAUGAAAGAGGAAUAAAUGAAGAAUGAAUAACUAUAAAGUAAAGGUAAACCAAAAAUUAACAAGACUCAAUAAAUCUAGGAUAUGAUUAAUAAUUAUAUGGAAGCAUCAAAAAAUAGCAAAUUUGGUGAUUUAUUACUAAAUAAAGAAAAGAAUGUAUAAUAAGAAUUAACUUCAAAUAUGAAACAUGAUAAUAUGAGUAAUUAUGAAAAUAAUGAUCCAGCAAGAAUAGCUACAUAGACAUUAGAAAGUACUAAAAUGUAUAAUGAAUAAAGUAUUACCAGAAAAUCGAAUUCCUACAUUCCAAUUCAUGAAAGAGUUAAAUUUAUUAUAUAAACAAAAAAUGACAAAAUUUAAGAAUAGAUAUAAUAAUAAUAAUAAGAAAUAGAAGAAUAUUAUUCAAGUAUACCCUUUUAACCUUUAAGUACAAAAUCAUAAAAUAUUAAAUUUACACCAUAAUAUACUGAUGCAUUUGUAAAUAAUUAAUUGAAAUGGAAUCAAUAAAGAGAUAAAUGGAUUUAUGAAUAAUAAUUGAAAAAAGAAAAUGAUACACCAAAAUAUACUUAUAGACCUUCAAUAAGUCCAUGGCCUGUCAAAUAGUCAAGUGUUUAGAGGAAACAUUCGAAAUCAAUUAAUUAAUCCUUCUUUCUAUCAACUGCUAAUAAAACAGAAGCUUCACCUAAAAAAAAUGAAAAGACAUCAUUUGUUUUCCAAACUGAUUUAAGGAUAGCAAAAAGAAAGGAAAAAGAAUAAUAGAAAUUUAAAAAGUGA